AUGGAGUCUGUAAACAAAGUCGCGAAAAAAUCCGAUAAGCCCGCACACGUCCGCGGUGAAGUGAAUGGCGUUGAUUGCGCCAACGGGGGCGCUAAUGGCGGAGGCUGUGCGCUCGGUAUCGACGAACGUACCGGGCGGCUGCAGUGGUGCCCCGGGUACAGGUUCGUGAGGAUCCUGUUCGUCAUCCCUGCCGCGUUGCUUCCGAUCGGUUUGCUGUUUCUGCUGUUGUCUCGGUUUCAGGUCGUUGGCUCCGACGAUGCUCCGACCUAUCAGCGUGGCGGCGGGUGCGGCGGGAUCGGCUACUUCACCGACGCCAUCGGUAACGAGCUGGCGGAAGACGAAAUGUGGUCGGGUGGCUUGGGUGAACAGCCUCGCCUCAGCAGUGAGCGCUGCCAGACGCUCGCGAGCAGCGCCGCAGGGGCGGAAGUAGCCGACCUAGAGGACCGCGGUCUAUUGCGACACAUUUUGCGGACCUCGUUCGUGCCACCGUCGCCUGAUCGACGUGCCCAAACGGCCGGCUGUCAAGAGCGAGCGGCGGCCGACCGUGACGUUCCAGACGAUCCGCCGGAUGACGCUCAACGGCGAGUGAAGCGGUCACUCGCCUGGCGGAUGGCGGACAGUAAGAGCGCCGAAAGUGUCCGGGCGCUGCAAGCUCAGAUCAUGCGAAAACACAUGGACGAGAAGGCGGAUCCGUGCCAGGACUUCUACCAGUACGCAUGCGGGAACUGGGAUCAGGUCAACCCGAUCCCGAAGGACAAGGCGGCGCUCGACACGUUCGAGAUACUGCGCGAAAGUCUCGAUCUGGUGCUGAAAAACCUGCUGCUCGAUCGGGAUUCGGUUGACAGCGAGCCGGAACUCCCGGACGUGGAGAACACGCUGCCUUCCACCGUACGCACGACGCUGGCGACGGGAAGAGGCCCGGGGGCCACCGAACAACUGCACCGGGUGCGGAAACGGAUACCGCGGCGAUUGCGGCGAGCCGUGCAAAAUAAGCUGGUCAUCCGUACCACGCAGGUGAAGCGUGUCCGAAAGCGCAAGGAACUGACCAUCGGCGAGGGUGACGACGCCGAAACGAAAGCGCGCCAUCUGUUCGCCUCCUGCAUGAACUACGGGCUGAUCGAGAAACGGGGACUGGAACCGCUGCGCCAGCUGCUGGACAGUCUCGGCGGAUGGCCCGUACUGGAUGGGCCCGCGUGGGAUGACAGUAACUUCGACUGGCUCAACCUGACGGCGCACAUCCGGCGGUACAACAACGACAUUCUGAUCGUCCAGUGGGUUGGUCCGGAUAUCAAAAAUUCCGACGAAAACAUUGUUCAAUUCGAUCAAACGUCGCUCGGAUUGCCAACCCGCGAUUACUAUCUACAGACGGUGAACCGGAAGUACCUGGACGCGUACCGGCAGUUUAUGGUCGAGGUGAUCGAGCUACUGGGCGUGCCGACGGCAAGGGCAGAGCAGGCAGCGGAUGAACUGAUCGAGUUCGAGGUACAGCUCGCCAACAUUACGAACCCACCGGAGGAACGCAACAACGUGUCCACGCUGUACCGGAAGAUGAUCUUGGAAAAUCUGCACGAUGAAGUGCCGGAGAUUAACUGGACCCGUUACCUGUCGACCGUAGCCGAGCGGCCGGUCAAUGCGUCCGAUUUUGUGGUGAUGUUCGCCCUCACCUACAUGCGCGAUCUGGUGGAGUUGAUCGAUCAAACCGAACCGCGGAUCGUGGCCAACUACAUCCUGUGGCGGUUCGUGCGCCACCGGAUCAACAAUCUGGACGAUCGCUUUCUGGGCGCGAAGCAGCGCUUCUCCAACACGCUGUUCGGGCGGGAGAAGAACCCACCCCGGUGGAAGAACUGCGUGACGCAGGUAAACGCCAAUAUGGGCAUGGCCGUGGGGGCAAUGUUCGUGCGAAGGUACUUUGACGAGAACAGCAAACGUGACACGCUCACGAUGACCCAUGAGCUACAGCAGGCAUUCCGCGAGUUGCUGAACCGCACCGAUUGGAUCGAUGGGCCAACGAAGCGACUGGCCGAGCAAAAGGUGAACGCGAUGUCACUUCGAAUCGGCUACCCGGACUUCAUACUGACCCCGGACGAGCUGAACACUCGGUACGUGGGACUCGCGAUACACCCGGAGCAGUACUUCGAGAAUACGCUCAACGUGCUCAGCCACAUCCGGCGGACGGAUCAGGAGAAGCUCGGCCAGGUGGUCAACAAGACGGCCUGGCACACGGCGCCGGCCGUCGUCAAUGCGUACUACAGUCGCAACAAAAACCAGAUCAUGUUCCCGGCCGGUAUCCUGCAGCCACCGUUCUACCAUCGGCACUUCCCGAAAUCGAUCAACUACGGGGGCAUCGGCGUGGUGAUCGGCCACGAGCUUACCCACGGCUUCGACGACAAGGGCCGCCUGUUCGAUCGCGACGGCAACCUGUACCGCUGGUGGAGCGAUAGCGCCAUCGAGGCAUUCCACGAGAGGGCCGCCUGUCUGGUCCACCAGUACGGCAAGUACACGAUCGACGAGAUCGGGGUGCAACUGGACGGAGAGAACACGCAGGGCGAGAACAUUGCCGACAACGGUGGCAUCAAGCAAGCGUUCCUUGCCUACACCCGCUGGCUGGAGACGCAGACUGACCCGCGGGUGCUGGAACAGGAAGUGCUGCCCGGUCUGAACGUCACCAACAGGCAGCUGUUCUUCCUGAACUUUGCCCAGAUCUGGUGCGGCGCGAUGCGUCCCGAGGCGACGCGCAGCAAGCUGAAGACGGCCGUCCAUAGCCCGGGACGGUUUCGCGUGAUCGGGACCCUGACGAACUCGGCCGAUUUCGCGCGCGAAUACAACUGCCCGGUCGGGAGUGUCAUGAAUCCGGCCGAAAAGUGUAGCGUCUGGUAGGCUU